AUGAAAAUUUUGCAAAACGAAACUGCAAGCGCAACGGCAACGAAUGACAACGUUACGGAAAAGGAAAAACUCCAACAUCCGAUUCAGCAGCAGCAGCGGCAACAGCAUCAUCCGAGUGUCACAGCACCAUCACCACCUGGGACCGUGUCAUCAGCAAUAGCAAUGACAGAUGAGCUGACAUCAACAAAAACACCGUCACCACCAACUACAACAACAACAGGGGAUUGUAAUACUUCGUUAAAAAAUUUAGAAGACAAAGAUUCCGAUGCUAUUAGCAGUAACAAUUCGAACAGGAGUACUAGCAAUACUACAACAGCAACAAAUAGUAGCAACAGUGAUUUAAUAAUUGCCGAAGCAGCAAAAAUUCUAUUAAAGAAUGGCUUAAAUGGUACCAAUGCCGCUGCAGCUGCUGCUGUUGCCACAGCCACUGCAACCCUUCUAACUGCGGCAGCUAAUUUUCAGCUGCCACAGCAACAACAGCAGCAAAAUCUAGAGUCCUCAACAUCAUCUACAUCUCCUACGUCGUCGCCGUCUUCGUCGUCAACAACGCCUGCUGCCAAUGCCACUGCUGCUGCUGCAGCCCAUGCUGCACAUUUAGUGGCCAUAGCAACGGCUGCUGCUGCGGUAAAUGCCUCUAAUAUACAUCAUCAUAAACGUUUGACCAAUACAUUGGCUGCCUUGAAUAGUUCUGCAUUUAACAACAACAAUACGGCAACACCCGCAUCUAGUACUGCCGCCUCCACCACCACCAGCACCACCACAGCUACAUCGCAAUUUGCCAAACCAUUUAAAUCUUCUAACCAGAAGGGUAGUUGCGGUAACGCCAAUACAACAACAAACACAAUGUCAACAGUAUCCUCCAUUGGUGACUUGGGUGUUAUUGAUUAUACGGUAAACUCAUCGUCGUCAAGUAGCCAAAAUAACAACAACCACAAUACCAAUUCCUCCUCGUCAUCUGCGAUUAUAAAUCUAUCUUCAUCUGCAAAUACCAACAACUCUGGUAGUCAUCCUCAUCAUCAUCAUCAUCAUAAAAUUUUCCAUAAUAACAAUACGCAUCAAUAUAAUCGUUCAGAUAUUGGCAGGAAUCCGAUAUCUUCAGCAAAUAACAAUAAUAAUAAUCAUUUUCAUAAUGCCAAAACCAAUGUUAGUGGCGGUGGUGGUGUUGGAGGAUUUGGUGGUGGACGUUUACAAUUUUUUAAAGAUGGCAAAUUUAUUUUGGAACUAGCACGUUCCAAAGAUGGAGAAAAAGGCGGUUGGGUUUCGGUUCCCAGAAAAAUAUUUCGUACACCAUCAGCAGCAACGUCAUCAACUGUUACUCCAACAGCAACAGCCCCAACUUCCUAUACUAAGAACGAAUGUUCCAAUUCAUUAAGUUUUUCCGAUGACAAUAGUUCCCUACAAUCUUCACCAUGGCAAAGAGAUCAUGGCUGGAAACAAACGGCGCCACACAAAAAUAUUUCAAAGGAAAUGUCGCUAUUUUAUCACAAGCCCGCAUAUCGAAAACUUACAACUCCGGCUCUCUUAUUGGCACAGAGAAAACGUAGAAAUCCCUACAACAUGAUAACAUUGGAACAUGGUGAAUCAUUAUUUGAAGCCAAGAGAAAAAAUAGUAGUGAUGAUGAUCGAUCGCUUCAGCCUCUGGAAACAUUGGAUAAUCAAACUCAACAAUCACCAAAAUAUACGCAAGAUGUGGAGGCGAAAGUUGAGCCACGUGAAAAUGAAAAUUACUGCAAUCAAGAAUCUAAAGGCGGCAUAGCGGAUGAAGAAGAAAAGGCAAACACCAAACACCAUGCAAAUGAUGAAGAGAUGAAAACAAAUGAUGACACCAGGAAAACUGCUGAUGAUCAAACGGGGGAAAAUGCCGAAAAUUCAGAAAGAAAAAUCUCAAAUGAAUGUUGUGAAGAUGUGGAAAUGUCCAAGAUAUCUUCUUCAUCCAUUAAGAAAGAGGAUUCGCCGUCAAGUCGUGAGACGGAAAACAAAAACCAAUCUGACGAUGGUAACCAAGAAAAGGACGUGGUGGAAAAAAUGAAUACCAGUGACUGCGAGGCAGAUAUUUUGACGACGAUGGAAUCGUCGAAGAAAUUAUCAUCAUCAUUAAAUGGUAAUAUCCCAAAUGAAGAUUCCAGCGGUAAUCAUGUUCAAGGAACUGUGUUGCCAAACAAAGACGAAAUACAAACAAAAACCGAAUGUCGUCAGAAAUCAGGAGACGAGGAAAAAAGACUUAAAACGACGGAAAGUAAUAAAUCAAGAGCCAAGCUCAUUUCAAUCGUACAAAAGCUUAUAGAUGCUUCUGCAUCUCGAAUAGCAGAGACUGGUCCUCCUCUAUCGAACAAAACCAUAAACAACCAACAACAACAACAUUCGCCACCAACACCGUCGGUCAAUACUAAUAACGGCGCAGCUACUGGUGGUGGAGGAGUAGAUGGAUCCCAUAAACAUUUCCAAAGUUCCAAAGUAUCUCCGCCAUCUAAUACAGCCGCUUCACGUCUAGUCGAAUAUCACCAACAGCAUGUGUCACCACGAAAACGUAUACUAAGAGAAUUUGAAAAGGUAUCAUUGGAAGAUAAUUCCACAACUGCUGCUGGCGGUAAAAGAAGUCGUGCCAAAGGCAGCAACAACACCAAUGUCAAUAUGACAACCGGUUGUGGGACUGGCAAUGUUCAAAAUAUGACAUCAUCAUCAUCAUCAUCAUCGUCAUCGCCCAUCAGCAAAUCAUCAUUUCCAGCUAGUUAUAAUGUCCACAACAGUUCCAACACCGGCACCGGCAUUAGAUCAUCAGGGACAAGUGCCGCAAGCACAGCAUCUUCAGCUCCCACCAAACUAUAUAGCUCAUACAGUAUACAUUCCCUAUUGGGAGGAAAUUCUUCAAGUUCUUCAUCUUCGUCUCCGUCGUCGUGCAAGAAAUCACAUGAUUUACCAGCAACCAUAACAAGCAAUUCUAUGGGAUAUUCAUCAUUAGCAUAUCAACAUUCACCUGCUGCUUCAUCAUUACCGCCUCAUCAUUCGCCAAAAUCCCCAGAUGGUGGUCAUCAAGCGUCAACAUGUGGCGGUAAAUCUCCUUCUUCCUCGAAAUUGAAAAGGUCUCCGCCAUACAGUUCGCCCAUGCGAGAAACACAUUCAAGAAGUCCUAGCGCCAACUCGACACAUAGCUAUGAUUAUGGCCGACGAUCACCUAGACUAAUGACAGACAUCUAUAAUAAGAUGAAAUAUUCUGGAGUACAUGAAAGUUCGGCGGGUUCAUCUCCGCACCAUCAACCACAGCCACCGCCACAGCAACAUUAUCAACAUCAUGUUCCGCAAAGUUUUUAUUCGCCCUAUAUGACUUCACCACAUUAUGUUCCACCAGCGUCGUCAACAUUGUCUGCCGCCGCUAGCACCCUUUCUUCCCCAUCGACGGCGUCGACAUCUUCGACAAGCACAACGUCGACUACUAAUAGUUCCCGUUCACCACGUCACCAUUCUUCCGCCUUUAGAGCAACCACACCAACAUCAUCCACCACCGGCGGUGGAAGUCAUCUUCAUCAUCAACAGCAACAACAACAUAACAUUCCAACGACUCCACGGGGGGAUUUAUCUCCGCAGCGAUCAACGACAGCUUCACCUCGUGAAACUACACCUCGUACUGUACCAAAAAAGACUGCUUCAAUACGACGACAAUUCGCUUCACCAACCACCACUACAACGAGUAAUAAUCAUAGUAGUUGUCCGUCACCUUCUUCCGAAAAUCGUGUUGAAGACAACGAUCGCCGGACACCUGUAUCACACCAUCAACAACAUCAGCAGCAGCAACAGCAUAUGUUGCACCGCUCCUCGCCUAGCAGUGCGGCGGCGGCAUCAAAUAUGCAGACAUCACCCAUGCAUCCGUAUUCGUACAUUUAUGGACCUGGCACAAAUAGUCCACAUCAUUCUACAUCUGCUGUUUCGCCUACAACAGCAAAUAAUUCAUCUGCAGCAGCAGCCGCCGCCGCUGCGGCAGCCGCAGCUGCUUCAUACAUUCCAACCGUUGUAGGAUCUCCCUAUUAUCAUCCAUAUAUUUCUACGUUGGCGGCAAUGCGUCAUCCACAAAUGUGGAUGCAACACUAUCAAAAUGCUGCUGCAGCCGCAGUUGCAAAUCCUGCUCUGCUACAAGCAUCUCGACAUCCUGGCAUGUUAUCAGCGGCGGCGGCAGCAGCAGCAUCACGUAUAUCGCCACCGUAUCAUGGUUUUCAAUAUAAUGGUGUAAGCAAUGCAGCCGCAUUGGCAGCUGCGGCUGCUGCCGCUGGUUUCGGUAGCACGUCAGCGGCUACCCCACCACAACACCACUCGGGCAGUGUAUUACAACCACCGCCGCCGCCAGGAUCAAUGUUUAAUCCAACGGCUCAUGGCAUGACGACGGCAUCGUCAUCGUCACAUCCAGCCGCCAUGCAUGCAGCAGGUUUAGUCCCCGCGACAGGCAUUUCAUCAUCGGCAGCAGCACCGCUACCACAGCCAACAUCAGCUACGACAUUAGGUCCAGCACAACCAAUGACUGAUACAAUAACAACAGAUCUUUCCAAAGCAUCAAAGAACAAUUACACAGCUAGCUCAUCUUCAUCAUCAACGUCAUUAUCGUCUUCUUCUUCUUCACAAUUAACAGGUAUGUAA